AUGAAAUCUUCGGAUCACACCUACUUAUUAGUGAAUUUCUACGCCGAUUUAAAAAUGCAUUUUAAGAUUGUUCUGAGCAGUAGCAUAGUGAGCUGCAAUUAUUCUAGUCUGGACGAAAACAUUUUUAUACAAUUUCCCGACAUGAUCCGACAAUGCAGAGUGAUUGAUACAUCGAAUAAUAGGUUUGAUUUGGAGCACCAAAUACUUAGUUUGGAAUCGAAAUGUGGCUUGAUUGCUACUGCUGCUGCUGAUGGUGGUGGUGGAGAAGAAGAUGUGAAACCAUAUGUUAACCUUCCUAUUGUUAAUGAGAACGAUUCAGUUGUUGAGGAUGGGAUUGUUAAUGAAGGACACGUAGAACCUGAGGUUAACCGUCAAGUUACUGUUACUAUUGAAGAGCUUCUCGUUAACGAGGAAGGGCGUGCAAUUGAUGAACGGUAUGUUAAGGAAGAGACUGUUGAGAAGAGAAAGUCUGUUGAUGAGGAAUACGUGGAACCAGAUGUUAACCGUCCAGUUACUAUUGAUGAAGAGUUUGUCAAAAAGGAGAAGUCUAUUGUGGAAUCUGGGGUUAACCAUCCAGUUACUGUUGAGGAAGAUCGUGUUGAUGAGGAAGUCUCUGUUCAAAAGAAACAGUGUGUCGUUAAGAAAAAGUCUGUCGAUGAGAAAGACAUGGAACUUGAGGUUAACCAUCCAGUUGCAGUUGAGAAAGAUCGUGUUGAUAAAGAAGGUUCUGUUGAAAAGAAGAAAUCUGUCGUUAAAGUUAACCUUCCGGUUAUUGUUAGCGAAAGAACUGUCCAGAGACCGCAAAGAGAAGCAGCGAAACGCAAGAGUUACGCAAUUGAUGAAUCAUCUUCUGACGUUGAUGAUUAUGGUAAUAAUCAUAUCAAUGAUUGUGAUAUAGUUUGGGAGAAUGAAUUAGUCAGAUUCGGCAAGUACCAAACUUCGAUUACUGCGGAAGCGUUCAAAACUAUAGACUGGAGCUGUUACGUUGCAGCGACUCGCCAAUUGCUCCGGAUUAUAUUCACCAGAGAUAUCUUAGCUACGCACACUUUAACGGGAAGACGUUCUUCCCUCAAUGUUAAAUUAAUGACGAAGCCGAAACCGCAGCUGGACUUCAGGAAGAUCGAGGAUCUGAUUUCGAUCGUCUCGAAGAGAUGCGGCGUGAACGACGGGUUCGCGAUUCGACGUAUCGUCAGGAACAAAUGUUCGGAUGAAAGGAAAGGGUUGAGUAGAAUACAAUACAGAAAGAGUCGAGAUAGUGUUGAAGAAGGGCGUGUAAUAGAGAAAGGGUGUGUUGAGGAAGAUCAUGUUGACGAAGAAGAGACUGUUGAGAAGAGAAAGUCUGUUGAUGAGGAAUACGUGGAACCAGGGGUUAACGCUCCAGUUACUAUUGAGGAAGAGGUUGUCGAAAAGGGGAAGUCUGUUGAGGAAUCCGAGGUUACUGUUGAGAAAGAUCGUGUUGGUGAGAAAGUUUCUGCUAAAAAGAAACAGUUUGUUGUUAAGAAAAAGUUCGUCGAUGAGAAAGACGUGGAACCAGGUGUUAUCCCUCCAGUUACUAUUGAGGAAAAGGUUGUCGAAAAGGAGAAGUCUAUUGUGGAAUCUGAGGUUACUGUUAAGAAAGAUCGUGUUGGUGAGAAAGUUUCUGUUAAAAAGAAACAGUUUGUUGUUAAGAAAAAGUCCGUAGUGGAACCAGGUGUUAACCCUCCAGUUACUAUUGAGGAAAAGGUUGUCGAAAAGGAGAAGUCUGCUGAGGAAUCCGAGGUUACUGUUGAGAAAGAUCGUGUUGGUGAGGAAGUCUCUGUUAAAAAGAAAAAGUUUGUCGUUAAGAAAAAGUCCGUUGAUGAGAAAAACGUGGAACAUGAGGUUAACCUUCCAGUUACUGCUAUGAAAGAUCCUAUUGAUAAGGAAGGCUCUGUUAAAAAGAAGAAAUCUGUCCAGAGACCGCAAAGGGAAGCAGCGAAACGCAAGAGAAACGAAAUUGACGAUGAUUCUGACGAUGUUGAUUAUGUUAAGAACGAUGAAGAGACUGUUGAUAAGAAACAGUCCGUCGAUGAGAAAGACGUGGAACUUGAGCUUAAUCAUCCAGUUACUGCUAUGAAAGAUCCUACUGAUAAGGAAGGUUCUGUUAAAAAGAAAAAAUCUGUCGUUAAAGUUAACCUUCCGGUUAAUGUUAGUGAAAGAACUGUCCAGAGACUGCAAAGGGAAGCAGCGAAACGCAAGAGAUACGAAUUUGAUGAAUCAUCUUCUGACGAUGAUGAUUAUAUUAAGAACAACGAUAAUAACCAUAUCAAUGAUGAUGAUGUAGUUCGGGAGAAUGAAUUAGUCAGAUUCGGCAAGUACCAAACUUCGAUUUCUGCGGAAGCGUUCAAAACUAUAGACUGGAGCUGUUACGCUGCAGCGACUCGCCAAUUGCUCCAGAUUAUAUUCACCAGAGAUAUGUUAGCUACGCACAGUUUAACAGGAUACCGUUGUUCCACCAAUAUUAAAUUAAUGACGGAGCCGAAACCGCAGCUGGACUUCAGGAAGGUUGAGGAUCUGAUUACGAUCGUCUCGAAGAAAUGCGGCGUUAAAGACGAGUUCGCGAUUCGACGCAUCAUCAGGAACAAAUGUUAUCUUGAAUUUAAAGCGACGAGGAGAUUAAAAUACAGAAAGAGUCGAGAUAGUGUUGAAGAAGGGCGUGAAAUAGAGGAACGGUAUGUUGAGGAAGAUCAUGUUGAUGAUGAAGAGACUGGUGAUAAGAAAAACUACGUCGAUGAGAAAAACAUGGAACAUGAGGUUAACCUUCCAGUUGCUGUAGAGAAAGAUCGUGUUGGUGAGGAAGGUCCUGUUAAAAAGAAACAGUUUGUCGUUAAGAAAAAGUCUGUCGAUGAGAAAAACGUUGAACAUGAGAUUAACCUUCCAGUAGCUGUUCAGAAAGAUUGUGUUGAUGAGGAAGUCUCUGUUACAAAGAAAAAGUUUGUUGUUAACAAAAAGUCCAUCGAUGAGAAAGACGUGGAUCUUGAGGUUAACCUUCCAGAUGCUGUUGAGAAAGAUCGUGUUGAUGAGGAAGUCUCUGUUAAAAAGAAACAGUUUAUCGUUAAGAAAAAGUCUGUCUAUGAGAAAAACGUGGAACAUGAGGUUAACCUUCCAGUAGCUCUUGAGAAAGAUCGUGUUGGUGAAGAAGGUCCUGUUAAAAAGAAACAGUUUGUCGUUAAGAAAAAGUCCGUCUAUGAGAAAAACGUGGAACUUGAGGUUAACCUUCCAGUAGCUGUUGAGAAAGAUCGUGUUGGUGAGGAAGUCUCUGUUAAAAAGAAAAAGUUUGUUGUUAAGAAAAAGUCUGUCUAUGAGAAAAACGUGGAACAUGAGGUUAACCUUCCAGUAGCUCUUGAGAAAGAUCGUGUUGAUGAGGAAGUCUCUGUUCAAAAGAAACAGUGUGUCGUUAAGAAAAAGUCUGUCGAUGAGAAAGACGUGGAACAUGAGGUUAACCUUCCAGUAGCUCUUGAGAAAGAUCAUGUUGAUGAGGAAGUCUCUGUUAAAAAGAAAAAGUUUGUUGUUAAGAAAAAGUCCAUCGAUGAGAAAGACGUGGAACUUAAGGUUAACCAUCCAGUUACUGCUAUGAAAGAUCCUCUUGAUACGGAAGGUCCUGUUGAAAAGAAGAAAUCUCUUGUUAAAGUUAACCUUCCGGUUAAAGUUAGCGAAAGAACUGUCCAGAGACCGCAAAGGGAAGCAGCGAAACGCAAGAGAUACGAAUUUGAUGAAUCAUCUUCUGACGAUGAUGAUUAUGUUAAGAACAAUGAUAAUAAUCAUGAGAAAGAAUUAGUCAGAUUCGGCAAGUACGAAACUUCGAUUACUGCGGAAGCGUUCAAAACUAUAGACUGGAGCUGUUACGCUACUGCGACUCGCCAAUUGCUCCUGAUUAUAUUCACCAAAGAUAUCUUAGCUACGCACAGUUUAACGGGAUACCGUUGUUCCACCAAUAUUAAAUUAAUGACGAAGCCGAAACCGCAGUUGGACUUCAGGAAGGUCGAGGAUCUGAUUACGAUCGUCUCGAAGAAAUGCGGCGUGAAAGACGAGUUCGCGAUUCGACGCAUCAUCAGGUACAGAUGUUCUAUUGAAUUUAAAGCGGCGACGAGAUUAAAGUACAGAAAUAGUCAAGUUAGUGUUGAAGAAGGGCGUGUAAUAGAAGAACGGUGUGUUGAGGAAGAUCAUGUUGACGAUGAAGAGACUGUCGAGAAGAGAAAGUCUGUUGAUGAGAAAAACGUGGAAGCAGGGGUUAACCAUCCAGUUACUAUUGAGGAAAAGGUUGUUGAAAAGCAGAAGUCUGCUGAGGAAUCCGAGGUUACUGUUGAGAAAGAUCGUGUUGGUGAGGAAGUCUCUGUUAAAAAGAAACAGUUUGUGUUAAGAAAAAGUUCGUCGAUGAGAAAGACGUGGAACCAGGUGUUACCCUCCAGUUACUAUUGA